AUCAUAAAUUAUUAGUAGAAAUGAAGCUAUGCCAUAGGGCUAGUUAAAUUUCAACUUUUUUCCUUCUAACUUGCACCCAAUAAAUGCAACUAAGUAUUUAAAUCUUUAAAAACUAAAUGAGGCAGAGAAAAAUAUAGAAGUAAGAAAGAAAAACCACAGCAUCAUAGUCAACCUGCCAAAUUGAGAAAGAUGAGAAAAUAGAGAGAAAAUCUAGCAAGUGCAUCGACAAAGCCGGGUUCUGUUUGAAAAGAAAGAUACAAGAGAUAUAGGUGCUAGGCUGCUACACAUAAUAAAAAAAAUUACCACAUAAAACAAAGGAAAGAAGACGAGGUGGAUAACGAACGAACCAGCAAGGAGGGAAGCGGAAAAGCGCCCCUAAACCCAAAACCUUGGCGAGAGAGAAUGGAAUCCCAUUUUCCACUGCCUCAGCAACAUGCACUGCUCACAGACAUUCUCUCUCUGUCUCGAAUCUAAUAUCACCCAAAACCCACUUCCGUUAUCAGAGCUUUCUCUUUCUUCGGCUCUCUCUUUCUCUGCCUCCAAAAAAAUCCAAAACAAAAUUCCAUUUUUGCUCCUCCUUUACUUGCCCAAAGCUCACUUAAUACUUUUUCUGUUUCUUUUUGUACUUUGCCAGAAUUAAAAUGAGACCAUGACGACGUCGUCUCAGCAGCAUCCACCACCAGCGCCCAAGACGGUGCGGAAAGUGAUCGUUGAAGUUGUCGACGCGCGUGAUCUUCUUCCCAAAGACGGUCAAGGAAGCUCCAGCCCUUACGUCAUUGCCGAUUUCGACGGUCAAAAACAGAAAACUUCCACGAUAUACAGGGAGCUUAACCCGGUAUGGAACGAGGCGUUGGAGUUCACGGUGUCCGACCCGGAAAACAUGGAUGUGGAAGAGCUGGAAAUUGAGGUUUUUAAUGAUAAGAAAUUCGGGAAUGGCAGUGGCCGUAAAAAGCACUUUUUGGGGAGGGUCAAGUUGUACGGGAGCCAGUUUGCUAAGCGAGGAGAGGAAGGGUUGGUUUAUUUUCCAUUGGAGAAAAAGAGUGUUUUUAGUUGGAUUAGAGGUGAGAUUGGGCUUAGGAUUUAUUACUAUGAUGAGAUUGUUGAAGAUCAGCCUCCGCCAGAAGAACCACCGCCACAGCAGCAGCAGCAACCGCAACAGCCACCGCAAACUGAAGAGACCAAACCUACUCCCGGGCUUCUUGUUAUCGAGGAAGGUACGAUUUUUGAGGUUCCUACUGCACACAUGGAGUUUCCUCAUGUAGUUAAUGGAUAUGGUCACGGUCCUGUUCCCUGUUAUCCUUCGCCAUCCGUUAUGGUUGUCGAGGAAUCUCCACCACACGUUGUUCAUGUUCAAGAGGAGCUGCCGCCUCCAGCGGCGACAACGGCUUUGCCACCACAUACGGCUUCGAGUAUUCCGGUUCCUGAGGUGCAUUUUGCUGUGCCAGAAGUGAGGAGGAUACAAAGUAGCAGAGGCGAGAGAGUUAGAGUUAUGAAGAGAACAAAUGGAGACUAUUCACCUAGAGAAAUUGGGGCUAACAAACCUCAAGAUGACAACGCCACCGCGGCAGGGGCCGGCAGCUCCGAGAGGAACCAUCCGUAUGAUCUAGUUGAGCCGAUGCAAUAUCUGUUCGUUAAAAUCGUUAAAGCGCGUGGGUUAGGUCUAAAUGAAUGCCCCUAUGUUAAGAUCCGUACAGCCGGCCAGCACCUUAAAUCGAAGCCGAAGAUUUACCGUCCAGGUGAACUAACCGACUCGCCCGAGUGGCGCGAGGUGUUCGCUUUAGAUUACAAUAAACAAGAAUCAGCCAACGCGACGCUUGAGAUCUCCGUUUGGGACUCUCCAACAGAAAAUUUUCUUGGAGGCGUUUGUUUCGAUCUCUCCGAUGUUCCCAUACGAGAGCAACCAGAUAGUCCUCUAGCUCCGCAAUGGUACCGGCUUGAAGGCGAUGCCGUCCAACAGAAUCCCGCUAGGGUUUCUGGUGAUAUCCAACUUGCUGUUUGGAUCGGCACUCAAAACGACGAUGCUUUCCCUGAAGCGAGGAGUUCAGACGCGCCAUACGUGGCGCACACUCGCUCGAAAGUUUAUCAAUCGCCCAAGCUUUGGUAUUUGAGAUUGACUGUGAUCGAAGCUCAGGAUCUUCACAUUGCGCCGAAUCUACCUCCUUUAACAGUGCCUGCAAUUCGAGUCAAAGCUCAGCUAGGGUUUCAAUCUGUACGGUCUAGGAGAGGAAACAUGAACAAUCAUAGUAUCUCUGUACACUGGAACGAGGACUUGAUCUUAGUCGCCGGCGAACCUCUUGAAGAUUCGUUAAUUCUGUUAGUGGAAGACCGGACAAACAGGGACGCGAUUCUUCUUGGCCACGUCAUGAUCCCGUUGAUCUCAAUCGAGCAACGGAUAGAUGAGCACCACGUGGCAUCCAGAUGGUUUGGGUUGGAAGGAGGAGUAGGCGGUGGGGGCGGGUCAUCCAGCGGGAGAAUUCACCUGCGGCUGUGCUUAGAAGGUGGUUAUCACGUGCUGGAUGAAGCGGCACAUGUAUGCAGUGACUUUAGACCCACGGCUAAGCAGCUUUGGAAGCCGGCUAUUGGGGUUUUGGAGCUGGGGAUUCUCGGGGCUCGCGGCUUGCUCCCGAUGAAAUCCAAAGGAGGACGCAAAGGGUCCACCGAUGCUUACUGUGUUGCCAAAUAUGGGAAAAAGUGGGUCCACACUAGGACCGUCACGGACAGCUUUGAUCCACGCUGGAACGAGCAAUACACGUGGCAAGUCUACGACCCUUGCACAGUCCUAACUGUCGGCGUUUUUGACAACUGGCGCAUGUUUGCUGACGUAUCAGAAGACAAGCCCGACUCUCGUAUUGGCAAAAUAAGGAUUCGUAUAUCAACGCUGGAGAGUAACAAAGUGUACACCAAUUCGUAUCCAUUGUUGGUUUUGACAAGAAUGGGGUUAAAGAAAAUGGGUGAGAUUGACUUAGCGGUUCGGUUUGCCUGCCCGUCAUUGUUAGCAGACACGUGUUCGGCUUACGGGCAGCCAUUGCUUCCAAGAAUGCACUAUCUCCGCCCACUCGGGGUGGCUCAGCAGGAGGCAUUGCGUGGAGCUGCAACAAAGAUGGUGGCGCAAUGGUUUGCAAGGUCAGAGCCACCCUUGGGGCGGGAAGUGGUAAGGUACAUGUUGGAUGCGGAUUCUCAUACAUGGAGCAUGAGAAAGAGUAUGGCCAAUUGGUUUCGGAUUGUGGCACUUCUUGCAUGGGCACUCGGGUUGGCAAAAUGGUUGGAUGAUAUUAGGGGGUGGAGGAACCCUGUUACUACAGUGUUGGUCCAUGUUCUAUAUUUGGUGCUUGUUUGGUACCCGGAUUUGAUUGUGCCAACAGGGAUUUUGUAUUUGGUGUUGAUUGGUGUUUGGUAUUGUAGGUUUAGGCCGAAGAUACCUGCGGGCAUGGAUAUCAAGCUGUCUCAGGCUGAAACAGUUGACCCGGAUGAGCUUGACGAGGAAUUUGAUACGAUACCAAGUUCAAGGCCACCUGAGAUAAUCCGGGCCAGAUAUGAUAGGCUGAGAAUAUUGGCAGGAAGGAUUCAAACUGUUUUGGGUGAUUUUGCAACGCAAGGUGAAAGGGUCCAGGCCUUGAUGAGUUGGAGGGACCCAAGGGCUACGAAAUUGUUCAUUGGGGUCUGCGUAGUCAUCACAUUGAUACUUUAUGUGGUGCCACCAAAAAUGGUGGCUGUGGCAUUAGGAUUUUAUUAUCUAAGGCACCCCAUGUUUAGAGACCCCAUGCCACCGGCUAGCUUGAACUUUUUCCGGCGGCUUCCGAGCCUAUCGGAUCGGUUACUCUAGAGUUGAAGAGUACAUGCAUAAAAUAUCAUUAGUGAAUGUUUUAAAGGGGGUGAAAAACAUACUACUGUUUGUGUUAAAUUUAAGGAGUGAAAAAAGGGGGGAUUUAAAGGGGAAGCGGCAAGUUGUCAUUACAUUUUUUCUUUUUUUUGGUGUUGAAUUGAUUGACAGACUAUUGAAAACUUGGAAUAAGAGAAAGGAGGUGGGGGAAAGACAAUGAGAACGGGGAGAAAAUUGAGUGCU